AUGCCGAAUGUUGGAGUGUGUUGCUGCAAGCCGCAAAUUGAAGUGAGUUUCCGGGUUAUUGUAAUAGGUGGGCCUUCACUUACAGACAACUACUUUGCGGGCAGCUAGAAGAACCACGGAGAUUUUGCGGGCAUGUUUAGAAAUCAGCCAAAACUUGCUUACAACAAUAAAUUCUAGCGCGCUAUGCGAUAUAUUUGGCGUUAGGUGUUGCAAAUAAAGUCUUCAGGUGUAUGAGUGGCUUGAAUAGCUACCAUGAGGUUAACCAGACAUUUUUAAAGUUUCAGAAAACAUUUUAUGAAAAAAAAACUCCUAUAACUUUUAAGCCGGUGAAUGAAUUCAAUAGAUUCGUAUAGUUAUCAGUACCAAGGAGUUGACAAUCCAAAAUUUCUAUCAGACCACAUAGAUCACCGUAAUUCUUAUUCGGUACCGGCUGCCCGGAAGUGUCGCGAUGCCUUCUGAAAGUUACUGUGUGUCAGUGAGGCUUGAAACUCAAAGACGUUUCAAAACUUUUAGCUCGUUCUAAAUUUUAAGACUUGAUACAGGGCGUUUACUAUAGCCCAUUGUUAAAUCUCAAUAGAUUUAAUGUCCUCUUAAACUCGCUCUCUUUCAGUUUGUGGUAUUUGUGAUAGCAGCGAUAACGAUUGUAUUCGGCAUCCUCAACAUUUUUGGUUACUGGCUAGGGCUUGGAAUCCCCGUUUUUGUCGGUGGAAUAAUAGCCAUUGUGACUCCGGGUCUGAUGAUGUAUGGCGUCCAGAAUGGCCGACGAGGACUCUACUGGCCAUACAUGGUCACCAAUGUAUGUUUGUAGACUUUAAUUUUAUAGAAUCUAAUCUUGUCGAGCGUUAUUUAAUAUUGACAUUAUUUUUUAGUUCCUCAGUGUCCUUGGGAAUAUAGUACAAGUUGUGAUGUUUUCAAUAGUCUUGGCCGAACUGUACUCCAACGAUCAUCUCGAAAACGAUGACGGAAAUGAAAUGUCAGGAGAGGAAAGGGAAGUGAAAGAGAUUCAGAGCAUAUUCGCGAUUGCCGUCGCUUCUCUGCAGAUCGUGUUUGGCUCAUGGUUUGAGUACGUUGUGAUCCGAAGUUAUCGAGCGAUGGGAAAGGAGUAG